CUAGAACGGCGGAACUAGUAGAUUUUUCAUAUUCACGUCGUUUUCCAUCGAACAGGUAGCUCCGCGCAAAAUCUCGGUGGUUUUGUAGUGCAGAAGCAGCAACGAAAUUUGCGAAUACGUGCCGAAAUGACUAGCAUUGAGACCGUGGGGACCAUAGUGAUCAAGCUACUAAAGCUGGUACUGAACCUGAUAAUAUUAAUCCUGUACAGAACGGGUUAUGGGGGUCAAUUUCUCGGCGUGGGAGGUACCUGGAACCUCAACGAGGAGAAGAACCCAGACGCCGAAAUUGUAGCGUCGGGAGUGAUGGUGGGUUACUUCAUCUACACGACCGUCUCGCUCAUCAGUCUGUGUUUCGCGUCCGGAGACCAUAAAAACACGUUCACGGACAUCCUGAUGAACUUCAUCGGGAUGUUUUUAUGGAUUGCUGUAGGCGCCACCGCCCUCCACUACUGGCACGGGUACUUGGCCGAGCACAAGUAUACUUACGUCGACUCGGAGAGGCAGGUGGGGCUGGCAGUGGGUGCCCUCUGCGUGAUUAAUGGGGCAGCUUACCUAGUGGACGGGGUACUGUCGGUUAUAUUCUUAAUAAAAUCCAAAAUCCAGUAAAAUUUCGGGGUAUAACCUUGAACAGUAGCACGUUUUCUUCACAUUGAGAAUUUGCUAGUUUUUGUGACGCAUGACACUUGUGCAGGAUUUCAUAUGAACAAAAAUUUACUACGUUGCAAUUAAUUGUUAAAACCGUACACUUACGAAGUUCCAGGGAACAUUUAAAACAAAUGUUUCGGGUACAAAAUGUUGACAUCUCUUGUUGUUUUAGUUUAGAGAAUUUUUAUUUUAGACAUGUGAGCAUUUUUUUUUUGUAUAUUUGUAGAACUAUUUUACUGUAUUAAGUUUGUAAAAAUGAGGAUUGUACCGAACAAAAAUAUCUACGACCUUUAAUUUUAGUUAAAGUAUUCUAUCACUAUCUUAGAUGAAGCUUACGUUUUCGUCCUUUUUUUUAAGUUUUUAGACGAUAAUAAAACAAACUCAAACAGUUCGUCACUAUAUUUAUUGACUAUUUUAAGUUCGUUUAUACAAAAGGCAUUACAAAGUACAAAUAUACAAAAAUACAUACCUAAUAAUAAUUAUUCAAUUCGAUUGUAUGGCAGAGAUUCUAAAACGCUCGUUUAAAGAAACAUACUAAAAUUACUUGACGUAUAUACAGGGCGUUUCCGGAUAUAUACACCCUCGAUAAGAACGCAAAUAAAUAAAUACUACGCUAAUCGUUUAACAAAAAAUCUACGAACAUUCCGCACUACGUGAAAAAUUCAUUGAUAAGACUUUAUCCCCAAAAUUUGGAAAAACUCAAAUUUUUAUGAAAUUCAACAAAAUAAUCGACAUUUUGGUUAAUUUUGACAGGAAAUAAUGUUUUUUUUUAAAUAAAUAAUUACUAAAGAAAAACUAGUUUUUACUCGAAAAUUAGAACACUCUGAGUAAUAAUACAGAAACAUAACAGUGGUUUAAAUUUACCGUCAAAAAAGUUCUUUUAUUUAUUUAUUUUGCCGGUGAAAUUGUUAAUUGCCCGCCCUCUCGUGAAAAAAGUUAAU